AUGUCGGACUCAGCGAGCAGUCACAGAAGCAUCACAUCCCACCAAAAACGAACAAGAACAAUCUUCCCCCUCGCCCAUCCUCCCCCCAAAUCAGCCCAAAAACUACGCCUCAACCCCAAACUCCUCCUCCAAAUCCAGCAGCUCUCGCCAUCAAACAGACCAGUCGCGAUCCUCGAAGUAUGGCAGCCGUCGAUAUUCACCGGGCGGGUUGCGAAGGAGUUUCCGAAUCAGCCGCGCGUACGGUCGGGGGAUGUAUACGUUACGCAGAGUGAGGGGUAUACGAAUCUACAACAUGCUCGGAAUGAGAGCGAAGAGGGGGAUGAGGAAGGAGGGAGCGGGGAGAAGGAUUUGGUGGGCGUUAUUGGGAAAGGAGGGGAGGCGUCGGAGAUAUAUGCUUCCUCUGGGAGGGUGUGGGAGGCGAAGAAUGUGGAGAGCGGGUAUCGGUUUGAGGUGAAGGAUGGGGACGAAGUGAGGGUGUUGGAGUGGGAGAGGAAGAGGGGGUCCAAGGCGAAAGAGUCGGAGAUGUUUGUGCUCUGUAUAGCGGAUGAGAAGGGAUUGCGCAGGCCGUGGAUUGCAGAGAUGAGUCGAGUGUGUAUUGAAGUGAAAGGGUGGGAUCGAGCUGUUAGAGAUCAUCUGAGUGACUGGGUGGGCAGGGACGAUGAGCAUUGGGAUGCGGGGUUUUAUACGCUGAUUUUGAUGUUUGGUGUUUAUGCUGCGUCACAAGAGGGCUGGUUUUCAUGA